AUGCCCCGCUCGCCAUCACCACGACGCGACCGCGACCGCUCCCGUUCUCCACGGAGGGACCGAGACCGCUCCCGCUCUCCCCGGCGCGACCGCGACGAGGGCGACCGCCGCUCCUCGCGCCCCUGGACCGAACGACGACCGAAGGAGCUCUCGUUCUACAAGAAGAGUAGCGCGGCGUACGGCCAGCCUUCCUCGUCGUCUCGCUCCAUCGCCGAGAUCGGGGAAGAGGAGACGGCAAAGGAGCGCGCUCAGCGUCGUGAGCGUGGCGAGGUCCCGCGGCGAUUUGGCGGAACACGCGAGCAAGGAGUGAGGAACACGAUGGGCAACGUAGGCGGCAUGCUCGGACCUGCCGCUGGGGUGGGGAGCUUCAAGCGUACAAGUGAUCCGCUCGACCGUAUCGGUGUCAAGGGACGGGAUUAUGGCGACCGCGACAGGCGCGAUGACCGUGAUCGUGACCACCGCGACAGGAGGGACGACAGGGAUCGCGACCGGAGAGACUACCGCCGGGACGAUCGGGACCGCGAUCGCGACCGUGACCGUGGAAGGAUGCACCCCGACCGCGCGGGCCGGAGCGAGGAGAAACCCUCCGAAGACGGCAAGGUGUUCAGCACGACGGGGCCGGCGACCAAGAUCCGUCCCGGGCGCAUGAUUGAGGUGAUCGCCAACGACCGUUUGGGCCGGAAAGGUAAGCUCUCAGUGAGGUGUAUAGCUGACAUGACAGUCCGCGUCAAGUGUCUCCCGACGGAUACGGUGGGAGACUUGAAGAAGCUUAUUGCAGCGCAGACGGGCACGAAUGCGCAGAAGAUCAUUCUGAAGAAAUGGUACACGGCGUUUAAGGACCAUGUGCAGCUGCAAGACUAUGAGAUCAACGAUGGCAUGGUGAGUAAAAGCGGCGGUUGCUUCGCAGCUAGUCGUCAUCGCGAGCGUAGCUGA